UUCCGUGAUUUCUAUCGAUUGGUAUUCACUGUCUGAUCCCCACUAGUCUGUGGCUAAUGAUUUGCAGUUUGUUUAAAAAACGCGAGAAAAUAAAACAAAGCAAACAGUAGUACUGCCAAAGCUGUUGAGCUAUUUCUUGCUAACUAUCGGUAUCGAGCUACCGGAGGAUUUAACGUUAAACAAGGCUUUCAUGUUUGGUUGCUGACGACUCUUCGAAUGUAUUUUUAGAUGAAUGAGUUGUGCGAUCUUGACCUUUUCUCCAGUUGGGCGCUACUGUGUCGCAGAAAGGACACUUCUCAAUUUCUUAAUUGCCAACCUACAGAGUCAACUCCAUCAAUUACAUCACGGAUUGUUUACGUGACGUCAGCGGUGUGCCUUUCAGAAAGGGAUUUUAAGCCCUCAUUUCUUAAUGUGGGACUGUCUGUCUUCAGGUUUCAUUGGUGCGUGUACAUGCAUUUGACUUCUAACCGCGAACAUAUUCAUGCCCUUUCAAUCUCUCCAAUGCAGCACAGGUCAUGUUGCAUGUCAUGAUUUGGCUUCUUGAUGAAUUUAGCCAUGGCAGUAUGACACAAGCGCAAUAUGGAAAAUUAAUUAAUUCAUAUAGAAGUACAGAGGCCGUAAACAAAAUAACUAAUAUAGAUAUAAAAUACCAAAAAAUUAAAACCAGUGUGAGGCAAUCCACUGACGCAUUUUGAAUUUAAAUUCAAGCAUAGCUGACUGAGAUAAACACACAUUCUGGGUCCCAACAAUUAGGUCUUACAAAAUAAAUCCUUCCUUUGCAUCCACCGAAUAUCACUGUGCAAUAAUUGGGAGACAAUUUAAUAUUUGUGUUAAUCCACACAGCAUAUUCUGUCAGUUACACUAUGAUGAUCCACAAUGGAGAAGGUUUAUAAUGAUUAGCAUGAUAUUUGACAGAGCUGACGAUGACACAAUACGCUGUAUUUAAUGUGAAAACUAUUUCAUUCUUGAUCGCCUUGACAGAACUCGAUUGAUUCCCGUCUUGAAGAGCCGCAAUGGCUUCCUCGCAGAUCCGCCUGAAAAUUCUCCCCAGUCUUCGCUGUCUCUUUGAUAAACCAGUGCAGGUAAAAGUAGAGGGACUCGCUCCACACAAACAAGUUAAAUUAACAUCCAAACUAGUGGAUGACAGAGGGGCGAUGUUCAGGGCCUCUGCCCUGUUCAAAGCAGAUGCCACUGGCCUGGUGGAUGUCUGCCGAGCACCCUCCCUGCGAGGAAGCUACACCGGAGUGGAGCCCAUGGGGUUGUUUUGGGCCAUGGCGCCAGAGACUCCACACAGUAAACUCCUGAAGAAGAAUGUGCUCAGCCCUACAGUGGUGGAGAUAGAAGCACUGUGUGCAGAAACGGGCGAGGUCUUAGCCUCUGAAACCAACGAGAGAGGAUACAUGACAGAGGGGAUGAAGAGAGUACCUGUGCAAGAGGGAAGAAUACGAGGAGUCCUCUUCGUACCACCGGGAAAGGGUCCAUUCCCAGGAAUAGUGGAUUUGUACACAUUCGGGGGACGUCUAACUGAGCCCAGGGCCAGCCUCCUGGCAAGUAAAGGUUUUGUUGUCCUGGCGCUGGCCUAUAUAGGCUACAUGGAUUUACCCCGAAACCCCCAAAAGUUGGAUCUGGAGUACUUUGAAGAGGCUGUAACAUUUCUGAGGAAACAGACAGAGGUCAAAGGUCCUGGGAUUGGCAUCAUAUCAAUCUCCCACAGCGGCUGUGUGGCGUUGGCCAUGUCUUCCUUCCUCUCUGGCAUCUCAGCGACCGUGUGUAUUAAUGGCUGCAGUGCAAAUGUAGUGAUCCCUGUGCACUACAAAGACGCCAUUCUGCCUCCGCUUCAACCGAUCAUGAAGAACAUCAAAGUCACAGACUCUGGUGUUCUAGAUGUACGCGACGCCUUACCCGACCCGUAUUUGGAAAAGAACAGGGCGUCAUUGAUCCCGAUUGAACGGGCCAGCUGCCGGUUCCUGUUUGCCGCUUCUGAAGACGACCGCAACUGGAACAGCGUUCUUUUCGCCGAGGGCGCCGCCGCCACGCUGAGGAGUCACGGCAAGGAGCAUUUUGAGGUGGCGACGUACCCCAAAGCCGGCCACUUUUUGGAAGUCCCUCACACGCCUCACUGUGCGUCCGGGUUUCACGGGGCAGUCGGCUCUGAGGUGGUGUUUGGUGGCGAGCCGAAAGCUCACGCUGAGGCUCAGCAGGACCUGUGGGAGAGAGUCCAGGAGUUUUUCAAGAGCCACUUGGACAGUAAGGGUGCUUGUUAGCGAGCCACGCUGCGUCAAGUGUGUCGAGCAUCCAGGAAUGGCUAUCAUUAGCGACACUUCACUUUGCCUUGUAGAUUCCUACCGAGGACGUUUUCAAAAUGGUAUUGAGUGAGUCUUCUGUUGAUGCUUAGUGCUCCUCUCAAACUGAAACAAACUCGCCGUGCUUUGGCGCUUUUGCCCAAAAUGAUGCAGAGUACGACGCCCCGGAUGCAUCAACAUGCUCUGCAGCCGUCACUACUGUUUUGAAUUAUCCAGCACGUACUGUUCUUUGUUCAUGUAUUAAUACUCUAGUUGUCGUUGGAGGUUUAGUAAACUAAACGCACAAUAAACUAUUUUGAUGAUGAAGUUAACGUGUUGAUCUAUAUGAAUUACAAUGUUACACUUAGCAAAUUAGCAUCAUCUGGUGGCUUCACCGUGUAUUUUUAAAGCAUCCUCUUACAACUGAAAUUCAUCAAGUCUCCCAGAAGGAGUCGGUUGUGGCCUGCAAGCCUUAUGUUUUAAGGAGUCUAUCUCAUAAUGCCGCGUAUGAUUUGGUCACAUACUAUGUAAUGUGGAACGGAUCAUCAUGGAUAACAGGAAUCCCAGUGUUGUGGUUUUAUUGCCUUAUUAAAGUUAAAACCCUCGAAAUUGUA